AUGGCUGUGUCCUCGCUCAUCCUGAUAUAUCAUGCCGCUACAGCAUACCUAUGCACCUUUCUCACCAGCGACCCCCUGUACAUGUCCUUCAGUGUGACCGCAUAUGCCUGGUAUGGAUGUGCGUUGGCUAUACUUGGAGUAUACGGAUCGUAUAAGGUAUUCAUACUAGCGCAACCCUUAACUUUAUCACUUCUGACUUCGUGCAGNAAAUCACCCACACACCUGACAAUCUUCUCAAACCAUUUGCUCAUAGAUACGGUCCUCUCGCUCGUUCCCAAAAUCGGCCUUGUCUAUCUUUUCUACGAUGUCACUGCAGAUCUCUGCUUUACCAGCAAACUCAACACGUCAUUUUGGUUCCCUUCCACCACCGCGGACUUGCACGGUCCCGGGCGCGUCAUCCAGACUUCCUCCACGGAACAAACUCUUGGUGCCAGUAUCAAGGCACGUCGCCACUGCGAGACGGACGUCCUCAUAGCUCAAAUUGCCUUUGGCGCCAUUCUCGUCUUCUGGACAAUUGCUCAAUGGGGUAUGGGAUUGAGCGUGCGUCGAUAUGCUCUCAAGCUAGAGCUGCAGAACUACAACACGGUCCGAGGCCAUCAGCAUAUGGACGAAGAGAAGGCUUUUUAUGAGGAAGAAAGCCUCGCCGACGAGUACCAAGAUGUUGUCAAAAGCGUUCAGCAAUGGACGUCUCGAGAGAAAGACAACAUCACGUUCAUUGAGGUUGCUGAGAAGCCCUCGUGA